AUGAUGCCUCAAGGUGUUCAAAAGAAGGUGAAUAUUGACAAAAGAAUGAAAAAAUUGUUUCAGAAAAGAGCAAGGGAGUACAAUUCAGAUGAUGAUGAUGUGGAGGAGGAGGAGGAGAAGCUCGAGCAGUCUGUACCUUCGACUCGAGAUAAGAUUAAGAAAGAUGAAUUUGAAAAGGAAUUUUCUGAUGAUGACGAUGGAACGGAGGAUAAUGGGGCUGAAGAAAAUGAUGUUUCAGAAGAUGAAGAUGGGAAAAUUCAGCCGGGAAUCAUGAAGUUCACAGAGGGUAUCAAAGCAUUUAGUGUCGCAUUCAAGAAAAUUGUAAAAAAGACUGCUUCCACUGAUGUAUUGGGCCCUGUAUUAUCUGCCCAUAAGAAGCUUCUAGCUGAGAAGCUCGUCGAAGAAGAAUUAGAGCGGAAGGAUAAGGGGGAGGCGAAGAAGGAGAAGCACUCGGUCAGAGAGAAGGGCCAUGUGAAGCCUGCCAACUAUUUGGACUCUCAUGAGAAGUAUCUAUUAGGAAUUGCAACUAAAGGAGUGGUCAAGUUAUUUAAUGCUGUAAACAAGGCCCAGAGUGCUCAGAAAGGAUUAAAUCCUUCAAGGUCAAAAGAUGAAAAAGUUAUAAAGAAGCGGAGGAAAGAAGCCUUUUUUUCAGAGUUAGGCAAGGCAGCUUCCCAAUCGACUGGGACUGUUGCUAAGGUCGGUGCAUCUAGUAGCUCAGUGGAUGGCGAAGGACCUGCAUGGGCCCCUAUGCGUGAUAAUUACAUGUUAACAAAUUCCAAGUUGAAAGAUUGGGAUAAAAUGCAGGACACGAUGGUAGGAGAUGACAUUAGGAGGCCAGCAUACUCUGGUUCGUCAUCGGAUGAUGAAUAG